CCUUCCCUAUUUGGUUGCCUAGGCCUGACUUAGCCAUGAUGCCCUUCUGGUGGGUUGCUGUGCUGCGGUUGCCGUGCUGCGGUUGCCGUGCUGCGGUUGCCGUGGAAACGCCCAUCCUCGCCAGUGGAGCCAAGAUGGCCGCCCCAAAGGCAGCAGGGGAAAUGGGAGGAGGAGAGACCCCCAUUGUGGGGCCAGGAAGGACGGAGCCGGAGGAGAAGAGAAACCGAGGUGACAUUAUGAGCUCCCCGGCCGUGACCCCCGAUGUGGAGCUGGACAUGAAGGACGUGGAGCUGAACGAGAUGGAGACAGAGAAGCAGCCCAUGAAUGCCGCUGCCUCCUCCCCGCUGACCGGCUCCCCUGGUGAGAAGAACGGGGCGGUGAUGGUGAAGGUGGCCGAGGAGAAGGACCGUGAGGCCGCGGCCAAGUUCACCGGCCUCUCCAAGGAGGAGCUGCUGGAGGUGGCCAGCACCCCGGCCUGGGUGCGCACCCGAUGGGCCCUUCUGGUCCUCUUCUGGCUGGGGUGGCUGGGCAUGCUGGCCGGGGCCGUGGCCAUCAUCGUGCAAGCCCCACGCUGCAAGGACCUGCCCAAGCAAGAGUGGUGGCAGAAGGGUGGCCUCUACCGCAUCCAGAAGGUUGAAGACUUCCAGGACUCGGCAGCCGAUGGUGUGGGCGACCUGGCAGGUCUGAAACAACGAAUGGAUUAUUUGAGUUCCCUCAAAGUGAAAGGAUUGGUGAUUGGACCACUUCAUGUCAACCCCAAAGACGACCAGGCCGGAACCAACCUCCAGGAGGUCGACUCCAGUCUGGGCACAUUGGCGGAGUUCCGAAAUGUUCUACAGGCAGCAAAGAAAAAAAACUUAAAGGUCAUCUUAGACUUGACGCCCAACUAUCAGAGUAAGUCACCUUGGUUCAGCCAACCGAUGGAUCAGAACUAUGAACUCCAGGAAAAAAUGAAAGAAGCCAUUGAAUUCUGGCUGAAGGAAGGUGUAUCUGGGAUCCAGGUUGGAAGCGUCGAGAGCUUAAAUGACACUCAGAUCUUGGAUUCCUGGAAGAACCUGACUGAACAAUAUGCCGAAGACCAUGCCAGGGUGUUGAUCGCUGUGACGCAGAAGCAGGAUGCUCCGGGCAUUUUCUCCCUUCUCAAUGAAACGGCAGGUGUCGAUGUGCUGACCAGCGAGUACCUGGUGGGACUGGCAAAGAGUGGCCAGGAGGAUGCCAAGAGGGGAGAAACCGUCUCCCAGCUGAUCAAGAACUACAUCAGAGCGGCUGGGGACAAGUGGGCUGGAUGGAGCGUGGCGAGACCCAGCGUUGGCUAUUUGGAUGCUUUGAGGGGCGAGCAGAUUCUCCGCCUGUACCACAUGCUCCUCUAUACAUUGCCAGGGACACCUUUCACAGACUACGGUGACGAGAUUGGGCUGCGAGACCUCCCUGGACAACAGCCUGCAGCAUCCAGCCCCAUUCGUAUGCAGUGGGACAAUUCAGCAAACUUCGGGUUCUCAAAAGAGGCACAGCAGUCGGGCAGCCCAACAACUAGUAAUGUCACGGUGCAGUCACAGAGUGGCAACAAGGACUCGGUCUUGACCUUCUUCCAGCAGCUGAGCGACCUUCGGGGCAAGGAGCGCUCGCUUCUCCAUGGCGAAUUUUCGGAGGCUGCCAGUUCCAGCCCAGGGGUCUUCUCCUACUUGCGGGUCUGGGACCAGAACAAGCGCUUCCUGGCGGUGCUCAACUUCGAGGCCCAAGAGAGUACUGUCUCCAUAGCACACGCCCACCUGCCCCCCGAAGUUGUGGUGGAGCUCAGCACAAAUCCCAGCCGGGAGAAGAAACAGCUGAGCCUGCAGGGCCUGAAGUUGGAGCCCUUGGAAGGGCUUUUGCUGAGCUUCGUGUACGUGGCUUAAGCCUAUCAUCAAGUCCUUCUGUGCUACUGCUCUUUGAAACAGGCAGUGUUUUAAUUCUUGAAUGGAAGCAGCAUUCUCUUUUUCUAUCUAAUGAACUCUCUAACUCAUCCGUGUCUUGUCUUCACUUGCCUUCCUAAUUCCUUAUACAUUCCUAUCACUGACUUGUGGAGUCAUCCACAGAUGUUGUUAGAUGUUAACUUUGUCGGUCCCUUGAUUGACAAUUAUCGGCUUGUUGGAGCUCAGUUUGGGAGAACGCAAGGUUCCCCUCUUGAGUCUAACACCAUCCCUUCCAACUCCAAUAACAAAAUAUUCACGUUUUAUAUCAGUUGGGACCAUAGAUAUAGUUCUGAAGAUCAUGUCCUUGGUUAUAUUUCCAUUUGUUUACUAUUUGGCAUUUCUCUUGCCCAUCCCUGGUGUUGACAUGCUGCAUCCAAACUAUAUGCCUUUGCCACGUCUUAGCUUUUUUGUACUGAUUUUACAUUUGUACUGUGUGAGUCUUAUUUUCCAAUACUGGGAUAAGUUUAGUAAAUUUCUCUUGUCUCUGC